UUUUAUUGUUCAAUCGCAACUAUAAUUAGUGUCCUUUGAAGGAGGGCUAUAUACAAAUAAAAUUUAGAAUGAUAAAUUAACAAAUAUGAGAGAAAUAUGUUCUUGUAAAGAGACAAAAAUACUACAUGUUUCCUAUCCUGGAGAUCAGCUGUUGAGAAACAAAACAUACGAGAGAACUAGUAGUAUGUCUGUGCUAGUAUCUUUGUUUACAGAAAAAGGAAAUGUUGAGAAGUACUUCUAUUUGUUUAAUGAUAGGCACAACUAUUACAGGAUAUAUGUACAAUGUCAAGACAGCGUGAAUUCGAAGAUGACGUAGAUAUUUACGGGGAUUUGCCAAACUUCCCCUGUAUCGGGGAUACUGUAAAAGAGCUUGAAGAAGCAAAGAAAGUACUUGAAGAUGAAUUAACGAGACUAAAGGAAAAGUUGAAUGUGGUUACAAAUGAAAAAGAUGAACUGGAUUCCAAAAACAAAUUCCUUGGUUUAAAUAUAUCAUCACUCUAUAAAACUGCAACAGCAGAGAUUCAACGGAAAGACAGACUGAUAGCUGAGCUUCGGGAAGAGAAAGAUAACAUUAUUUUCCGAAGAAAGAAAAACUUUACUAAGGAGGCUGAACAAACGUCAGACAACAGUGGUGAUCAUCAGUUCUCUCAAAAUGCAGCUGAGCAGAAUGAUCACCAAACUCCAGAAGUUGAUCCUAUAGAAUCGGAUAAUGCAGAUGCUGACAGCAGUGAUUCACCUGCGUUAACGCCGUAUACGAAUCCUACGCCGCAAACAGUUCACACACUUUUCAGUAGAAGACGUCUGCAGAUUACGUCUGACUGUAACAAGGCCACAAGUGCAGCCAAGUCUAGUGAAAAUGUUAAUCAGGAAUCAGCAGUUCCAUGGAAUUUAAUUCCUCUUUCAGAUUCCAAACAGAAAGACACAAAAGAGAAGGCAUACCACAACUCUACACAUUUAAGUAAAGAAUAUGAUUCAUUUCCACAAACUGAGUCAAAGAAAGAUGUAAGCAAAGUCGAAAAUGGUAGUUACUUGCCUAAUAGAACAGAUGUAAAUCAUUCUGAAACCAGUGAAAGAGAGCAUACGAGUACAAAGAAAUCCAAUACUGAUAGUACCAAACAUACAUCUCACAUCCUGCAAAGAGAGCCUGGACCUAGACAUUCUUACCAAGGGGAUGAACACUCAUCAUCCUCUAAAUAUAAAGGAGAAAGCUAUGUCUGUGCUGACAGUGAUAGGUCAAGAACACGGUCCAAGUACGUUUCUUCAGAGCACCACUCACAUUCAGAAGGACGGGCAUCAUAUAAGACACCCAGCACAAUACGUGAGACCAGUGUAUCGCGUGCUCUUAGAAGCUUAAGAUCAAGAUCUGUUUCUCAGUCCAGGACUGUACCGGAAUCUGUACAGAACACUGGGGAGAGAAGGUGUGAUGUCAGAGCUUCAUCACAUGGCAGAAGCUCUCCAUUAUCAGACGAGCGCAUGAAUCGCACAUUAAAACCAGCUGACAGUGAUGCCUCUACUACCCAUCUGAAAUCACAGUUAGCAACAGAAACACAACAUGAAAUUUCAAGGGAUCUCGGUAGUAAACCACAAAAUAAAUUCACACACAGUGGAGAAACACAUUCUGAAACACAUGCUUUAACUGUUGAACUGGGUUCUUCUUCAAAAAUACCACAGGCUGAAACUGGCAUAAAAGCACAAAUUUCACCUUAUGCUGAAAGCAAUCUGUCUGAACAUAGUAGUUUUAAGCGUUCAAGGAGGCCUAAAAUCGUCAAAUUACACUCUGAAACCAAACCUAGUGAAGUAAGUAAUUCUCCCAAUGAUCCUGAUUUCGUUACAAACAGAGCCAGCGAUUUUAUCUGUGAGCGUAAUAAAACUGAAGGGACAAAGAGGCACCGUGACAGUAAAGAGAGAGAUGAAGCUCAUCUCCGAGAUUCUAAGAGACGAGCGCUGGACGAUAUAACGGGGAGAGAAUGUUACAGCUGUAAAGAAUAUGAUAAGAAUACAGACCCUAAACAAAAGUACAGUGGUAGAGUAAAAAGGCAAUCAAGUCCAUGUUCAGUAAAUGAAAAGUUGCUGAAAACUAAUAAAUAUACCAAAGAUGACGGUGGUAACAUUAGAAAUAAAGAUACUUCUGUACUGGAAGAAACAAGCACAGCUGAAGAACAGAGAGAAACAGACACACAAGAUAUUAAAAUGGAUGUUGAAGAAGGUGAGAUCCACGAUGCUGAUGAUGAUACACAACCAACUAUGGCAAAUGCAACUGAGAAGAAGGGAACAAUUUGCAAUAAAAUAAACAUUAAAUCCAAUAGAAAAACACUAAGUGAAAGAGACAGAAGAAAAGAGAAAUAUAAAGAAACACACAAUAUAGAUGAAACACAUGUACGACUUAAAACAUGCAGUGUAGAAUCUGAAGUAAGUGAGAACGAUAAAUACUCGAAAGACAGAAACAAGAAGUUGAGCAGUUCAAAAAAUUGUAAGACAAUUAUGGAAAAGAAAGAAGUGUUUGACGUUGCACAGAUAGAAGCAGGCGUUAAUAAACACAGCAAGGCAACCAGACAAGAGGAAGAGAAUGUUAAAAAUCCCGAGGACAUUAGCUCGUUGGAAACUAAUAAAGGAGGUGGCAUACAGAAUUUUAGCGAAGGUGAAACAGAGUCAACGAAAAAAACUGAGGAUGACAGACCAAAUGAUAAAGAGGGAGAGAUGCAGUGUGGAAAAUUAAAAAAACCUGUUACUGAAGUGUCAGUCACUCACGAAAUAUUUAAAACUGGCACAGCAGAAAUCAGUCGUCAUAAGUCUGUAUCAAGAGGUAAUUCAGUAAAGUUAUCUAUAGGAUCCAAUAAGGCGUCUCCAGUUAACCUGAAAUUUCGUGCUAGAAGAUCUAUGGAACACAAACUUGAAGACAGUAAGGCUGUACUAUCAGUGAAUAUUACUCCUCCUAAAGAUAGAGCAAUCACAGAAACUAGUUCGAACAGUUUAAAUGUGGAAAGUCUAGGUAUGAGUGCAGAAAGGAUUAACAGAAUUCCUAAAACCCAAAAGUGAGCUGAAGACAGGGACAACAGAAAUAAUGUAAACAUUCUGUAGUCAUGGUAGCGGUGGUAAUACAGCAGACAAAGUGCCCAGAGAUAUCGGAACUGAUACAUUUUUUACCACAGUUGUCUGUCACGAUGAUAUCGUAACAACUGCAUACUUAGUGUACUUUCUGAGAGGGAAAACACUUGUAAACUUUACAUAAGAAUAUUUUUAAAUUUCAGAAAUUAGCAUGUAAAUAUAUUUGCUGAUUAUUCUCAAGUAUGUGAUGAGUGGGAGUUUGACAGUAAUAGUAGGUCACGUGAUUCUCAUCACAACUCAGAUGACUUGGUAUCCAUAUCGACGGGGAAAUUAAAAAGUCAAAGAAACGGGAAAAAACCGUGUAAAAAUAAACUAAUGAAAGAAAUCUGUUAUCACAGAAUGAAUAUAUACAGUAAAACCUCCACACAUCACAAUUCAAAAUGCCAAGGUUUUUGUACUUAAUGUAGAUAUUUUUCUAUUGUAUUCUAUUAAGACUGAGGACAGCAAAUUCCUUACAUCAGUACAUUUGCUGCUAGGCAUUUACAUGGCAUAACCCAAGAGAUACAGCAAGUGGUCUUUUUGACUGGAAAAACAAAUAAAGUAAUACAUAUCUUAAGUGCAUUUCUUACAUCUGUGGUGAAGAUGAAGCGUACUGAUGAUUUUGCGAAGAUUUUUAAAUUAUUUUUUGGCAGUAGCAAAGUGCUACUGCCUUUAUUGGCAAUUUAUGUUUUGAUAUAAUGGUUUACCGCACUAAUGUGCUUAAGUAAGGCAUUUAUGAAUGUUCCUUAGUCAUGAGGCAUGCAUGGCCGUUAGUCAAAGUCGCAUAAUGCUGUAUAUAUGUGAAAUAAACACCAAAUUACCUUUC